AUGAAUACAACAAACCAGAUCAUAUCUAAAACUCCGGCUGGGAAACCACCAGCUCUAUCUACGAACAGUCCUUCCACAGUACCUAUAGAGAACCCUUUUGAAACCAUAUUUGACGGAAGAGACGAAGAUGACGAUUCUUGGAAAGACGAAGAUACAUCCUCUAUCAUUGCCCCAGAAGAACUACCGCGAUCAAAACCUUCAGAAAAUAUCACUACCAGCCGCAUUGGAAACGUGACACGCACAGUCAGUCGGAGGGAGAGAAAACCUUCGAUAUCGAGAUUGACACGAGAAAAGUCAAGGGGAAGACAGCGCAAGAUUAAUGUGAAACUUGGAAUCGUAGUCCAAACAAACUUCUCGACACACCAUGGACCUCAACCUCGAGUGGUUUCUUCACAAAAAUCUCGACCCAAUGGAAAUUUUGUCGAUUUGGCAACCCUCAGAAGAUUAGAGAAUGUAUCAGCUCAUCCCAAUGGAACACUAUGGAAAUCGCUGAAGAGCAAAGCCGUCGAAUCUCCCGAGAAGACCAAAGCCAAUGCGCCGGAGCCGGUACAGAGCACAAUUCCGACUGUUUCUCCACUAGCAGAGCGACGGGGCUCUUCAAAGCCAACAAAUCUGAAGUUAGAGGAUGACCUAUCUCCCAACGACCGCCCAAUCGUUAUCGGCAUUUCCAUCCCAUCUGCACGUUUAGCUCAUCAUACAACUACUCCUCAAACAUCAACUUCAAUCGCAUCAACAUUUAUGGGGAACCGGGGGCACGAGACGCUGACAGGAAAAGCGACCCCUUCUAUCGUCGUCACGCCUGCACAUGAUAUCUCUGCGUGGUCGCCAUAUAGUACCGCUUCGAAUGUCUCGCGAGCACGAACUUUAUCAACAUCUUAUACGGUAGUCAGUCCCAAUGAACCAUUCAAAGAGGGAGCACCACCAUUGCCGACGAUGCCAGCAGCUUUGGCCGAGGAGGAGAAGAGGAGGGUGGCGGCUCAGCAUAGUUACUUUUCUCCAGAUUCGGAUGCCACUACUGAAUGGGAUGACGAACCAUAUUCAAGUCGAGUUUUGUCGUCCUGUAUUAUUUAUGAGGAGGAUGAACAUCCAAUAAUCGUGCGAAGCGCUCGUGCAGUCUCCGUUGCAGAUGCAUUGAAAGUAGACAAUCAUGGAAGCAUCGACACCACUGCUGUGCGUCCUCGUUCGAAAGGAUGGUGGAAUUAUAUCACAACGCCAUUCUUGACACGGUCAAAUACACUGGUAUAUCCAGAAAAAAAGGGUUCGAAUAUUCCUGAAGUUCCUAUUUUAGCCAUUGCAGCCGCCAGAGCUCAGGAGUCCAAAGAGGAGCGAAAGUCUUGGGAAAAUUUAUUUUCUCCCCUUUCAAUUAAAAGGCCAACUUCAAAUGUAUCCGACGCUUGGUGGAAUGUGACACCCUUGGGUUUCAGAUCAGAGAAACAAGAAUCCCCUGCUCUAGUUUACAGAGAGACGAGACAUACGGUGAAACCGUCUUUAACUUCUUUACCCUUUGUCCGUUCAGCUUCGGGUGAUGUGGGAGACGCGACUUUGACUAGCAUCACUGAUUCGAGUACCACGGUCAAUUCUGCAAAUCCUGCAAAUUCAAUGGCGCCUCAUGGUCAUUCAAACGUUUCGAAUUUGUCGCGAUGUGACUCUAUUUCGGUCAACAAAGACAAUUCGAUGUCAUCCGCAGCCAAUAGAACAAAAGAAGUCGGAAGCAAUAAUCCCUUUGUUCGGUACCAAAAUAGUAACAUUGAUCUUUAUAAUACCUCGAGUAUGGAUAUAAGCGCGGACACGACUGAUACAAAAAUAAAAUCUAGAACACUUCUUACUCAUACCACUAUUCAAUCUCCACCACCACCACCUCCUUAUACCGAAUCGCCAAAAAAAGUCCGAAAAUAUCGAGCCGUUCUUCCACCCUCACAGGAAUCAACUUCAAUUCCAAAUCCAAAUCCGAUACCAGCUCCGGCUCCGGCUCAAGCUCCAAUUCAAGCUCCAGCUCCCGCUCCAGUUUUGCAUUAUCCUGCUUCACCUGGCCCCAUAUCCCCAGGCAUGCACCAAGCGAUAACCUCGCAAGGCAGUAUUCAGCUGUCGGAGGUUCCACUAAGCCCUUCGCGUGGUAGAACUAAUCAGAACACGGCAUAUCCGGGACCUGAUAGGCAAACAACCCCAACCCUCUUGAUCAUGACUCAAGAAUAUCUCCAGCAAAUGGCAGAUAAAGCUGCCAUUAAAGCUGCCAAAAAGGCAGAAACCAAACGCCAUAAGAAUGAAAAAGAAGAUAGAAUAGCUCGCAAAGCAGGGUGGCUUUGGGCCGGCAGAGGAUGCAUUCCCGAGCGUGGCUGUCACGGUCGACAAGGUCCUGAAGGUCGAAAGAGACGAAGAUGGUAUUGCUGCAUAUUCAUUGCAUUGCUUUUAUUGAUCAUUGUAAUUGUAGCUCUUGCAAUGACAUUGACUCGCAAGUCAAGACAUGUUGUGAUGCAAUCUCAAUGGUUGAACCUCACUGGCUUCCCGCCUAUCUACGCGGGCCUCUCGACAGUUGCAGCUCCAGUCAACAUAGUAACGAAUACCGGUUGUGUAUUUCCUGCUACGCAAUGGAGUUGUGCUUUACCCAAGGAGCAACAGUCUUCUGUCGCGCCAAACCUACCAAACCAACCCAACUUCCUUUUACAGAUACAAUGGGACAAUAGUAGUGCGGCAAAUGCAACUUUUGCGAACGUGACGGGGAACAAAGACCUCCCUACACGAAGUCUUGUCGGCAAUCCCGUCUCUGCGAGAAAUUUCAUCAGAGACUUAAUAUUGAAAGCACGACAAACCAUAACGUUCAGUCCCUCUCCACCUCCACCACCUUACGCCGAAGAGGCAUUCUUGGGCGAUACUACAGAUGGAAUUGUUUCAGUCAAUAAAGCCGGGGAACCAACUCCCUUCUAUAUAUCUUUCCUAUCGACUACGAACACAUCUUUAACAGUUAGCAAUCGUGUAAAACGGGCGGACUCGAACAAUACGGAUCCGGAUCUAUUCCCAAAUAUCACAACGGGCAUACCAGCUCCAAGUCUAAACGCCGAUGGUACUGCUGCCCCAGCCAAUCUUCUCCCAUAUCCCGUCCAACAACCCAUUCAUCUUUACGACCGAGGACUUCCUACCGAACAUUAUGGAUUCUACACGUAUUUCAACCGAACUAUCUUCCUCAAAUCUCUCGCAUUACUCAACGAUACCAAUACUUCUAACGGUGAAGUUCCCGACGAUCAAAAUGGCGGUGCUCUUGAAGGAGAAGCCAAUUUCCGUUGCACAUGGGGUGAAACUCGAUUUUUGGUACAAAUGUGGACGAAGAUGAAUGGUACUGCAAGACUCAACAAUGCUACUAGUUCCACUGGUACAUCUACAGUUAUUUCCGGACAAGAUUUCUCUCAACCUGGAUCGUUUCCUUAUCCGAUUACUAUCACAACAGACAGACAUGGAGGUGAUCCUGCAAGGAAAUUGUUGUACUGUUAUGGUAUGAAUGAAAGAGAAGGCAUCAUAGCGAAUAGCGGAGAAGUCAAUGGGGAGAAUAGAGCGUUUGGAGGCAAUAUCAUCAAUCCGGCUCCCAGCGUUUUCUCGAAUACUAGCGAUUCGUCACUGGGAGGUUUCGAUGGAGGAACGGGGGGUUGUUCGUGUUCUUGGAGUAACUUUCAGGAGGUCAUCAGUACUUGA